UGCGCGUUUCCCGCGCUCUUUGUAUUCGCGUUAUCCCCUUGCGCGAGAUGAUUUUACCGAUGUGACUGUGCAUCUGUAUUACAGUACUAGUUCACAGUGGUGAAAUAUUCGAGCUGGUUGCCAUUUAUCGAAGGUUGAACCUGUUUUCGGUGGUGUGUGUGUGUGGAAGGGACUAUCGAUCGAUCGUUCUGCGCCGGUGAAAGACGAUAUUUUAGCGAUUUCAACGUUGCCCGCCCUGGCCUGACAUGCGUCAUGUGCUGAACCCUUGGAUGUGAUUGUCACUGUAGUGGCCGUUACGGAACAGUGAUGUCGUCGCAGAUGUUGAACUUGCGGGGUGUUACCGUUCACUUCCCGCAUGAGCCUUACGAUGUGCAAAAGAAGUACAUGGAAAAAGUGAUCGAGUGUCUGCAGAAUGGAGUAAAUGGCAUCCUAGAGAGUCCAACAGGAACGGGAAAAACACUAUCCCUUUUGUGUUCAUCAUUAGCCUGGCUUGAAGAUCACAAAGCCGCAAUUCAGCUGAGCGCUGGCGUGCACCGGUCGUCUGACGGCAAUUCGUCAGGAUUUCUCUCGCAGCUGCAACGUCAUUUCGAUCAGCAGGAAUCGGCAGAACGACCGAGUCCUAUGUACCCCAAGAUUAUCUACAGCUCAAGAACCCAUUCGCAGCUGUCGCAAGCUAUAAACGAAUUAAAGAAGACCAACUACAAGUAUGUGAAGUCGGUAGUGUUGGGUUCCCGAGAUCAGUUGUGCAUCAACCCAGACGUCCAGAAAUUGCAAGACAACGCUUCCAAAUUGCGAGUGUGCCGACAUAAGGUAACGACCAGGUCCUGCCCGUUUCACUUGAACUAUGACACCAAAAUGACGAGAUCGGAGUAUCAAGACACUCCUGUCAUGGACAUUGAAGACUUGGGCAAGCUUGGCAAAAAAUUUGUCUGUUGCCCAUAUUAUGCUGCCAAGACUCUGAAAGGGAGAGCUGAUAUUGUCUUUAUGCCUUACAAUUAUCUUGUGGAUGCAAAGUCACGCAAGGCGCAGGGUGUUGAGCUCGAAGGAAAUGUGGUCAUAUUUGACGAAGCUCACAACAUAGAAAGCAUGUGUGAAGAGAGCAUGUCAUUCCAGCUACUCUCAUCUGACUUGGCAUUGUGCAUCAAGGAAAUAACUCAUGCAGCAGAACUGAAGCAACAGAAAGAGACUGAAGCAGCUGCUGGAGUUGAAGGUGUUGAUCCAGAUUUCACAUUGCUUGAUGUAGCUAAGAUUAAAGCUAUUUUGCUUGCCUUGGAAAAGUAUGUAGACGAGUUGCUUAUGCAGAUGAAUGGAGACUCAACUACAAAAUCUGGUGAUUUUAUGUUCACCAUGUUGAGAGAAGCAGGUGUUAGUCGUCAGAACAAAGAUGACCUUAUGGACCUCCUGGACAAAAUCGUGUCCUUCCUUGAGGUCAACGCAGUUGGAGCAUUCAGCCCGAGAGGAACGGGCCUCAACCGUUUUAUAACUAUUCUCAGCAGCCUCUAUUCUGUCGAGGGAGAAGGCUUGUCAGUAGAGUUGAUAUUUAAGACCAAGUUUAAGGUCCACAUUCAGAAAGAUGUAAACAAGAAAAAGAAGGGGCCUCAAGAUGUUUGGACAGUUCCUUCAACCUCUGCCAAGAAGCUCGAUUGGUGCCUGAAUUGUUGGUGCUUCUCACCAAGUGUGAGUAUGGACAACCUUUUAAGACAGGGAGCUCGUUGCAUAAUUCUCACUAGUGGCACGCUCUCUCCACUCAGUUCGUUCGCAUCUGAGCUGGGUAUUCCAUUCCCUGUACAACUCGAAAAUCCUCAUGUCAUUAAGGAAGAACAAAUCUAUGUCUCUGUGCUUAGCAAUGGCUAUGAUGGACAGGUCUUGAAUUGCACCUAUGAGAACAGAAACAAUCCUGCCUACCUGGCCUCUCUUGGUAGAACACUGUGUAAUCUUUGUAGGAUUAUUCCAGGAGGUGUGUUGCUUUUUUUUCCCUCGUAUGCUGUCAUGAAAAAUUUUGUUGAGACCUGGACCUCAAACGGAACCAUGACUUCACUUGCACUUGUCAAACCAACAGUGAUGGAAGUUCAGAGAAGUACAGACUUUUCCUCACUCAUUCAAGAAUACUGUGAAAAUGUCGACUCACCUGAGAAAAAAGGCUGUCUUCUUAUGGCAGUGUGCAGAGGACGUAUGAGUGAGGGCAUGGAUUUCACAGACCAGUAUGCUCGUGCAGCCAUCAUUGUUGGCUUUCCGUUACCUCCUUGCUUUGAUCCCAGGGUCCAGCUGAAAAAGCAGUACCUGGAUGAGUCACCGUCAUGCAAAGUUUUUUCUGGUAAUGAUUGGUACGUGCUGCAAGCCACUAGAGCAGUUAACCAAGCAGUAGGUCGUGUCAUACGCCACCAGCGGGAUUUCGGUGCUAUCUUAUUCUGUGACAGACGUUACAGUGAGCCACGAAAUCUGAGCCAGUUAUCAAAAUGGGUGAAAGAAAAAGCCAAACUACGUUCUAGCUUUAGUGUUGUCCUAAAAGAACUGUCUUCUUUCUUUAAAGCUGCAGGUGCAUCAAAUGAAAGCAACACAGCUGCAGUAAAAAUGCUGGGUGGCUCAAGAAAUGCAUUUGGAAUACCAUCAAAGGAAAGCACACCAAAUUUUAGAAACCUGACAUUCACUGGACAGCCAGUAGCUGACAAUGAUGAAAAUGUUUUGAAGACAUACCGGGCCAACAAGGCCACUGAGCGGCAGUUGCAGUCACAAGACAGAAGCCGGCAAGGACGAAGCCUAUUUGAUGUCCUAAACAGCAGUUCACAAUCAAAGGCGGCAGAUUUUUGCACCGUCCGUAAGAUCAACUUUAGAAGCACAGAUGAAGACCAGACUCGAGAGCAAUAUAUGCAGAAUGCCAAAAAACGAAAACUUUUUGUGCCUCUCAAAGGAAUCGGACCUCCCCAGUGUUCAGCUAUUUGUGAUGGUGCUGGCACAUCCAGUGCUAAAAGUUCAGAUUCAUCGAAGGAUAUUUGGAAGUCUGUCUUGGCAUCACUUAAGAAGUCUCUCAACGAUACUGACUACAACAGAGUUUGCAUCAACAUGAAGUCAUACCUUCGAAAUAAUGACUCUGAUGCACUUGCACAGUCACUUGGUCACAGUCUGCUGGAUGCUCCCGACCGAGAUGAACUCCUUGCUUGCCUGGCAAAAGUAGUUUCGUCGUCUCAAAGGGAAGACUUUGUAGCAAAAUGUCGUGCUCACUGGUGAUGCGAAGCAUGUGUGGUGUGACGAAGUACAUAUGGCGUGUUUUUGUACGAAUCUACCUCCUGUACAUUCCCAGCUGGUGCGAGUUGGCAUUGUGCCCUGUGAAAAAUUCUGCAGUGUCAUUUCAUAAUAAUCUAAUGUCAUGAUGAGAGCUGUGAUAGGCCUUGUAUCAGCAUUCUGGGCGGCCUAAUUUUUUUCUUUUGAAUAUGCAUGAGUGAUGCUGCAUCUGGGUCAUGAAGACUCACUGCAAGAACUUGGCGCAUGUUUGUGUUUGUAAAAAAAAAUAAAGUAUCUCAUGUUUCUGUA